CUUGAGAAGGCGUUAUCAAAAAAGCUGGAAGAUUUUGAAGGUGAAAUAUCAAGCUAUCAAGAUGAAAUAGAGAUUGAAUUAGAAAACAGUAGACCAAAAGCAAAAGGCGUAUUUGCAAAUUUCACUAAAGAUGAUUCUAUAGAAGAUAAUACCUCGAGUGUACUUGGAGAGGAGGAGGCAGAAGAUGAGGAACUGGAAGCAGCUGCUAAUCACUUAAACAAGGACUUCUAUAAUGAACUUCAUGAGAAGGAUAGAGUAAAAGAAAAAGAUGGGGAAUGCGAAAAUGGAAAUGAAGCUCUUGUAAGACCACCCGCACUGGAAUCCUUGCUUGGCCCGCUCCCCACUGCAGCUAGUCUUGGCAUAACAGAGUCCAUAAAAGAGUGCAUAUCCACUAAGGACCGAGAGCCUGGUGAGAAUACAGGAGAUGGUGAAUUAGAUCUGAGCGGGAUCGACGACAGUGAAAUAGAUCGGUAUAUACUUAACGAAACUGAAGCUCAGAUAAAAGCAGAGCUGUGGAUGAAAGAAAAUGCAGAUUAUCUCAAGGAACAAAAAGAAAAGGAAGCAAGAAUAGCAAAAGAGAAAGAACUUGGGAUUUAUAAGGAACACAAGCCAAAGAAAUCUGCAAAGAAGCGGGAGCCAAUUCAAGCCAGCACAGCAGGAGAGGCAAUUGAAAAGAUGUUAGAACAGAAGAAAAUCUCGAGUAAAAUUAAUUAUAAUGUGCUAAGGGACCUGAACAGCAAAGGAAGUAACACACCAAAGAAAGAGGAUGGCAGCACUGAUGACAGCACCAACACCAAGAAGCUGUCAAGAAGAAAAUCUAUUGCCAGUAGGAAUAUAGCCAACCCUGUAAACAGUGUGGGAAAAAGAUUAAGACCCCUGAUUUCAACACAGCCUGCUAAAAAGGCUGCCACUGAAGAGGUGACCUUUCCAAAUGCACAAGCAGAAGCACCUGACUUAGAAAAACCAGCAGCUGUGCUAGUGGAGAGUGGCCCAGUAGCUUAUAACCCUGACGAAGAGGUGGAAGAAGAAGAAAUGGAAGAAGAUGAUGAUCACUGCAUGAGCGCCUUGCAGUUAAUGGGAGGAAAUGAUUAUGGCUGUGAUAUGGAUGAUGAUGAUGGCUAUUAG